UGCCAAAACUAUAGUACAAUCAAGCGGGAUAGACGUUUAAUAAACAACAGGGAAAUGUUAUGUGUUGUAGGGUAUUCAUGUCGUAAGCUAUAGUUUAGAAGUACUCGUCCCUAGUUAGUGUUAAACUGUUCCAUGGGCUCUCAAAACACGCUAACAAAAACAAUAAAGGCACACAUUUGACAUAUGUACAUAUUUAAAUCGUUUAAAUAAAAUUAACAAUGUCAAUUGUUACACUGAACUGGGAAGAGUUUCUGCAGGAAGCUACACAGUUCCAAAAGAUUUCUGAGCGCCUGAAUGACUCAUGGACUUUAUAUAAGAAGGACGAGCAAGAAGGCAAUGCAUAUCUUAUUUAUGAACAAAAAAUAAUAAACACUGUUGAUCAGAAAAGUUGUACUGAUGUUCUGGAAGAUACUAACUACUGUAUAGAAGAUGUGACUGCAGCGAUGCCGCCAAGCAAUUAUUUACUUAAAAUCGAAUAUCACAUCGUUUACAGUAUUUCUUACCAAGUGCCUGUUUUGUAUUUUCGCAUUUAUCGUAACGACGGCAGCAUGUUGUGUAUCGAAGAAGCCUGGCGCAUUUUUCGUGACUACGGCGACAAUGCCAGCAAUACCAAUAGUGUGGAUGUCCCAGUUCCACGCACCGCUGCGGAUAUGCUGAGUAUUAUGACGCAAUUGGAUCAUCCCGUACUUGGCAAGCCAUAUAUAGCAAUACAUCCCUGCCGUACGGCGGAGUUGUUGGCGCAAGCGGGUAACAGUCGUAAUCGUAUACUCACGUUUAUCAGCUUGAUGGGACCGUAUGUACAAUUGAAUUUAAGCAAUGAAUAUGGCAAGCAGUAUACAGUGAGUUAGAUAUCCAAAAAUGUGACACAUUUCGAAAAGAUGUUAAAAAAUAAAAAGCGACUUACUUGAGAGGUAUCUCAGGUUCAAUAAAGCUGCGAAUUCAAUAUUUUUAAUUUAAUUUAUUUAUUGUAUUUCUAUGUAUGUAUGUACGUUGUAAUACAUACUUAAUAAUUUUACAUAUUUUUUAACAUUUACGAUUACAUAAAAACAAUUGUAACUGUUAUAUAAAAUUACAUAAAUUAUUUAACUGCAAAACCACAACAAAAGCAAACAGUUUAAGUUUAGUGUUUAGGCAAAUAUGUAAUUUCGUAGAAUUGUAAGCGACAAGCUAUGCCAAAUCAAUGUUGCAAAGUUAACAUUUUCUUAUUCUACAUAUUUUUAAGCUAAUAACAAAAGCUGCAGCUAAUGAGCAGUUGAUAUUUUAGCUAUGUUUGUUAGGGUAUUCUUUAUUAUUAUUUACUUGUAAUUCUAUUAUCGGUUUCUGUUCGCUAGAGUGCAUUAAAUUUCCUUUAACAUUGGUAUUAAUAUUUAUAUAUAUUUUUGUAUAUAAUUACAUUCACUAGUUUAUGUAUAUAUGUAUGUAAGCAAUUAUUAGUAUAUGUAUAUGGAAUUUGUAUGGAUUAUUUCCCUAAUUGUCAUACUAGUUAAUGCUACUUAAAAAUAAAUUGAUAUUUUUAUCUCUCCAAUGCAACUACCUACUUAAUUAAAAUGAAAAAAGAAGAAAUUGAUUAAGAUAAAAACAAGAAAAAACGUUAAAUACGGCUGCAGAGAGCUUUAAUACCCUUCACAGCUUCUUUGGACGAAAACAAAGUUUGCAAAAUUUCAGUUCGACAUCUCAAAAAUUGAGAGAAUGUGCAUACAUUUUGGUCUUACAACAGAUUUACAUUUUUAUACAUACACAAUUCCAAAUAUUUCUAAUUUUUUCUUAGUUUUUGAAAGCAUAAGUACUUUUGUGGGUUUCUUUAAAUAA